GUGAUUGGACCCGCCUCUCUAAUAUCUCUAUAUAAGUAAUUGGUUAGUAUGUAGUUCAUAAUAAGAAAAACUCAUAUCAUACACACACACACACACACCAAACCAAACAUGUCUCCUUCAACAACACAGUCUAAUGAACAACAAAUCCCCAACGGAAAAGACAAGAAUCUCCUGAAAACACAACAAGAUGAUGAAGAAGCCCUCCAAUUUGCCUCACAAAUAACAGGUUCCAUUGUUGUUCCAUUGGCUUUGCGGUCAGCCAUUGAUCUUGGCAUCUUUGACAUCCUAGCCAAAGCAGGUGAAGGAGCACAACUAUCUGCACAAGACAUUGCUGUUGAGAUUGGAACCAACAACCCGGAAGCACCAACAAUGUUGGAUCGUCUUCUUAGGUUGUUGGCCAGUCACUCUAUUCUAAACUCAUCUGUUCCUCAACAUCCACAAAGCCUUCAAAUAUUCUACAGCCUCUCUAAUCGCUCCAAAUAUUUUGUCACCGAUGCUGAUGGUAUCUCGUUGGGACCCACCUUGGCAUUAAUCCUCGACAAUGUCUUCUACCAAAGUUGGUCGGAGCUGAAAGGAGCGAUAAUGGAAGGAGGAAUACCGUUCAAUAGAGUAUAUGGAAUGCAUGCCUUUGAGUAUCCACGUGUGGAUCCAAGGUUCAAUGAUGUUUUCAACAAAGCUAUGGUUAACUCAACCACUAUAAAUAUGAAGAGGAUUCUUGAUCAUUAUCAAGGUUUUGAGCAUGUCACUAAGGUGGUUGACGUUGGUGGUGGUCUUGGACAUAACCUCAAAUUGAUCACAGCCAAAUAUUCUCAUAUUCAGGGAAUUAAUUUUGACUUGCCUCAUGUCAUCCAAAAUGCUCCUAACUACCCAGGUGUUGAACAUGUGGGAGGAGAUAUGUUUGAGAGCGUUCCUGCAGGGGAUGUCGUUUUUAUGAAGUGGAUACUUCAUGAUUGGAGUGAUGAACACUGCUUGAAGGUGUUGAAAAAUUGUUACAAAGCUAUUCCAGAGGAUGGAAAGGUUAUUGUUGUGGACUCAAUCCUUCCGGCCAUGCCGGAGACAACAGGGAGUGCCAAGUUUGGUUAUGCGUCUGAUCUUGUAAUGAUGACUCAAAAUCCAGGAGGAAAAGAGAGAACUGAGCAGCAAUUCAUAGAAUUGGCAAAAGGAUCUGGUUUUAGUGGCAUAAAACCUAUAUGUUGUGUCUCUGGACUAUGGGUUAUUGAGUUCUUUAAGUAAUCAUAUCUUGGUUUGGGACUUGGGAGUAUCUCAACUUAGUUUGUGUUGUGUCUCAACAAAUGUUUUACAUAUUUAAUUUGUGCAUUAAUUCAAAUGUUGAUUGUUUUUUUACUGAUUACAAUAAAUAAUAUGGGAUUAGAAAGGUGUAUGAUUA